UGGCAUCGUUUUAGGAUUGAUGCUUUAUAAAUUUCAGUAAAUUGUUUCUAUAUAUUUUAAAAAUCUUUGUGUAAAUAUAAUGUAAAUGAACAUGUCUAACGAAUUAUCAAAUAAACCAAGAAUACAAGAUAUAAUAGAAGCAGCGAGAAUGCCUAUAAAAUGUCGCAUUCCGCGCAGCGUUCGUACCGACAAGCGAGGGAUAGUACCGUUUUCAGUUAACAAAGCCAAAGUCAACAAUACAGAUGUGAAGCAGAGAUCUAUAAGUCGUAGUAGGACCGACAAGUCGCAAGUCAAUGAUGUGACACGGUCAGCUCGGCAGGAGCGGGACAAGGUGUCCUCGGCUUUGAAAAGACAACAACCAAUGAUAUCAAGACGUAUUAGCGACAAUUUAAAGAAUAAAGCUGCAUCGCCAGUUAUAAUGGUGCCAGUACAACAGCCUAAGUCGGUAAGAAUGUUGUACUCGAACAAAAACACAGGGCGUUUACCAGAUCAGGAGACCAUAAACCAAUAUGAAGAUAUGGAAGUUGAACAGAGUGAAUCCAAUGAUGUACUUGGCUACGGGGAUUUAUCGGACAGUGAUACAAGGAAAACGGAGAGUGAGUCAAACCAAGACAUUGUAUCCGAAUGGGUGAAAAGAAACGACGAGUUUCAAAAAAUGAAAAGUGAAUUGAAUCAGAAACAGAGGUCAAUAUUAGAUCUUUAUGCGUCGCUAAAUAUAAUACAUAAGAAAAUGGUAGCGGCAGGACACAGCGCAGAUGUACCGCUCGCUAAGGACCUGCAUGUCAUGAACGUUGCCAAAAUGACACCGGAACAGCUGCUCAAACUGUGCGCAGAAAGUUCUAAGAUAAAAAACAAUAUUAACGUUCUAGACGAAUUACCUUUGGAUAAUAGAAUUAUUUUGGAUAAAUUAUACAAAAUACCCGAAAAAUUAGUUGCAACAUGUGAACAAGCUUUAGAUAAUAAGAAAACGAUAAUCGAGUGGCUUGACUCAUUGAAAUCGCAGAUUAGUGUACAAAGUCUGAAGCAGAAAAUUCAAGAGUACACUAUGAAAAAUGACAUGUUGGCCGGCACUUUGAAAAAGAUUAGAAAUGAAUGUAUGACGCAAAUCCAAGAAGUGGAAUAUUACAUAAGAGAAAGAGUGAACGAUACAAUGGCACUUCAUUUGCAAACCGAAAACUUGACGUAUAAAUUGUCGGAACUAAAUUCACACAAUGCUGAUCUUCAGAAGCAAUUGAAUAAUGCAGAACAUUUAAAAUCCUACACCAAUAAAAAUAAAGCGGAAUUUGAAAAGGAGUUAAAAGAAAAACAAAAAACUUUGAAAGAUCGCCUGUCGAAAGCUGAAGGCCAAAUUAAGAUAGAGGCUGAACACGCGAGUCAAUUGGAAGCCGCUUUGAAUAAAGUUAACAUGGAGUUAGAGUCUAAGAUGGCCUUGAUAAAUCAAUUACAAGAGCAAAAUGAAAGACUGAAAAGAAACUAUGAUGAAGAAUUAAAGAAGUUGAACGAAGCAGUCAUAGAAAAUACAAUGAAUUUAGAACAGAUAGCACAAGACCGGGAAAAAAUACAAUUCGAGAAAAACGACCUUGAAAGCAAAUUGGAAGAGCUUACGAUGUACUAUAACGAAUCACUUAACAAUACAAAGUUAGAGCUUAAAGCGAACAUGAUGAAACUUAGUGAAGCUGAAACUAAGUAUAAUACUGAAAUUCAAGAACAAAUAAAACUAGCAUCGGAGUACCGUAACCAAGUGUUGGAAGCUGAGUUACAAAAUAAAUUGCUUCUACAAAAAAUAGAAGAAUUGGAGCACAGAUCAGCUAGCACAAAAGAUAUGGAUAUUGAAAUUAAUACUAUUAAGAAUGAUCUGGAGAAAGAACGAUCAGAAACUAAAAACUAUAAAAACAUAUUGUUACAACAGACUGAAUCACUUCGUGAAAUGGAGUUUAACCUCAAAUUGUCCCAAGAAGAGAACGAAAUAAUGAAUCGAAAUUUAUUAGACCAAGAAGAAUAUAUAAAGGAGCUUAAAAAUCGGGAGGAAAUGUUAAAAGCACAAUUACAAGACAGUGAAUCUAAAAUGGAAUACUAUGAGAAAGAGUUGAUUCAAUUAAAAGAUCACAUUGUACAAUUGCAAGAACAGUUUGGUGGAUUAAAAGAUAUUAAUGAAUUAUAUGACACGUUGAAGAAACAAAAAGAUGAGCUAAUUAAAGUCACUAACGAAAACAAUGAAAUGUCUGAAACCCUUAAAAAAAAAAUAGUGGAAUUAAAUGAAGCAUUAGAAACCAAUAAAGUACAAAAACAAAAGUUACAAGAAAAGGAGGAUCUCAUAAAAACCUUAAUAAAAUCGGAAGAAGAACAAUGUAAUAUUAUUAAGCAACUAAGAAACAAUUUAGAUGUCCGGAGAAAUGAAGAUUCUGAGGUUGUGAAGGAGCUCCAAAUAAAGAAAUUAGAAAUUAAUAAUCUUGCUAAUAAUUUAGAGACUAGAAAACAACAAAUAUUGCAGUUAGAGAAAAUUGUUUUAACCUUGGAAGAGAAAAUUCGCAAAUCAAACUCGUUAAGAAAAAAAGGCGAAGAGAAAAUUAAUUUGCUAGAAACAAAAAUUGGAAUUUACGAAUCACAACAAUAUAAGGAAGGAGUGGUCACAAAUUCGAAGAAUCUAAAUAAAUUUUUAAAACUUCUUGAAGAAGAAAUCGAAACCCCGAUAGAUGUUCAAGAUGUACACAACGAACAGUCUUCAGAAGGUUAUAAAAAUAGUAUUAAUUUAGAUAAAGAUCGCAACCAGGAAAAACGCACACCUAGCGUUCUUGAGCAAAACAUUUUGCUAAAAAAAUAUGCCUUAUCUGAUAAUGUAGUCAAAAAAGCCACCGUUCCUCAGAAAUGUGAUUUAUUUAAUGGUGACCAUUUAGAUCGUAAAGAAGUUCAUACUAAAAUUGAUAAUAGUCAUAAAGUAAAAACAUGCGGCUUGGAUUUAGACACGGAUGAAGAACCAAAACGAAAGGUUAUUGGUAAUCAUUUACACGAUAAAAUAUUAUCAAGAAACUUACAAGCACUAUUGUAUGGAAAGCAUUUGAACGAUAAAAAGGACAAAAUGUUUGUUUUGGCUGGUCAUAGACUUUAA